UUUAUGUAUAGAUUCUAAUCCCUAUUUCUUUUUUGUAUGUUGACAGGUGUCCCUUUUUUGUCCACUUCCUUUUCUCUUUUGUUUCAAUGUUCUCUGUAAAUCUGAGUUUGUGGAAGAUGAAAUUCCAACAUAUACACCGGAGCAAAACAGUGUAGCUGAACGAAAGAACCGCACAGUUGUCGAUAUGGGCAAAAGCAUGAUGCAAGCUAGAGGUGUGCCAAAGUGUUUUUGGGUUGAAGCUGUUGCCACUGCUGUCUAUUUGCUGAAUAUUUCACCUACCAAAGUCAUUUUCAAUCGAACACCAUAUGAAGCAUGGAGAGGUAAGAGCCUUCUUAGCUUUGGCUUCUAAAUUAAAUUGGCUAGUGUACCAAUUUGAUGUUAAAUCUUCCUUUUUAAACGGUGAUUUGGAAAAGAAAGUUUAUGUCUCACAACCAUAAGGUUUUGUAGAUAAUGGCAAAGAAGAUAAGGUUUACAGGUUAAAAAGGCACUUUAUGGCUUAAAACAAGCGCAUCGGGCAUGGUACUUCAAAAUUGAUUCUUAUUUUCAGGAGAGUGAGGAGUAACAAUGAGCCUACUCUUUAUAUAAAACGAAAAGGAAAAAAUGAUUUUUGGGUGGUAUGUCUUUAUGUUGACGAUAUGAUAUAUAUGGGUUCGAGUGAGACUAUCAUUGCUGAAUUUAAAGAUUGCAUGAUGAAGAAUUUUGAGAUGUCUGAUUUGGGUCUAUUGCAUUAUUUUCUUGGUCUUGAGGUGAAAUAAGGAAUGGAUGGCAUAUUCCUUUCACCAAGAAAAUAUGCAAUAGAUCUUUUGAAAAAAUUUAACGUGUUAAAUUGUAAAGUUGCUGCUACGCCGAUGAAUAUCAAUGAGAAGUUGUGUCACGAUGAUGGUACUGAAAUGGAAAAUGCAACUUAUUUUAGAAGUUUAGUUGGUGGUUUAAACUACUUGUCUCAUACAAGGCCAGAUAUUGCUUUUUCUGUUGGAGUAGUGUCUAGAUUUAUGCACAGUCCAAGCAAGCUUCACCUUGGAGCUGCAAAGAGAAUAUUGAGAUAUAUCGCAGAGACAACAGAUCAUGGAAUUUGGUAUUCUAAGGUAGCAUUGAUGAUAGAAAGAGCAGAUUGGGUUUCUUGUUUAAUCUGGGACCUGGAGCAAUUUCAUGGAGUUCAAAGAAGCAGGAAGUGGUGGCCUUAUCAACUUCAAAGGCUGAAUAUAUUGUAGCAACUUCAGCAGCUUGUCAAGCAGUUUGGUUGAGGAGACUUGUUGCAGAUUUUAAUUAGAAACAAGCUGCUGCAACUGAGAUCUUUUGUGACAAUACAUCUGUUAUUACGAUGACAAAGAAGCCGGCAUUUCACAGUAGAACAAAGCACAUUGAUAUUCGCUAUCACUAUAUUCGAAGUCUUGUUUCUACAGGAGAAAUUAAUCUAAAGGCGUGCGAUACGAAUGAGCAAGCAGCAGACAUCUUCACAAAGUCACUUCCGCAAGCAAAGCACGAGUUCUUCAGAGGUUAACUUGGAGUUUGCACUUUUGAAUCAAGGGGGAGUGUUGAGAAGUGAUUCAAAAAUAUUUGACCAAGUCUUUAGGAGUUUGUUAGUUAGUUUUCUUUAUUUAAGCAAGAUUAGAUAUUGCUGCAGAUAAUUAGCAAAUUAGUGGGUUAGUGGACCUAGAUUUUAGUAUUUUCAGUUUCAUUUUAAGCCUAUUUAUAGGCAGUCUCGUUUGCUUAAGUUAUGCAUCAGAAAUACAAAGAAUUUGCAGCAGUUUUUUA